UGUUGUGUUUGAGCAGCUCAUCGUUUAGUUACUUACCGCACUAAACAGGACACUUUCUUUACAUUCCUCCCGAUGUUCCACAUAUAACCUUCAGCAGGAUGAUGGAGUCCAGCCUGAUCAAGGCUGAGGAGAGCAGACUCUUCUCCCUGGAGAGCAGCGCUCUGGCAGAUCCACAGCAUUCCUGCAUGGAGGAACCAGAGCAUCUUCAGGUUUACCUCAGAAUCCGACCCUUCACCUCUGCAGAGAGCAACGGUGGAGAGUCGCAGGACUGCAUCACCAUUGAAUCCCCCAACACAGUUCUGCUUAAACAUCCAAGUUUGUCCCUGACGGCGAGACUCAGCGCGGAAAAAUCACUUCCACAAACCGGACAGCGCUUCCAGUUUUCCAAGGUGUACGGCCCCGAGACGACUCAGGGAGAGCUGUUUGAGGGCACUGUGAAGGAGCUGGUGAAAGAUGUUCUUGAAGGGGGAAACUCUCUUGUUUUCACCUACGGAGUGACAAAUGCCGGCAAGACUUUCACAUUUUUAGGUCCGGAUGCCGACGCCGGUAUCCUCCCUCGGUCUCUUGCCGUGAUCUUCAGCAGCAUCGACGAGCACCUUUUCCCCGGCGUGAGCUUCAGACCUCACCGCUGCAGAGAGUUCACGAGACUGAGCGCGGAGCAGCAGGUCGAGGAAGCUCUGUUCAAGAGAAACCUUCUGAGACAGUUUAAAGAGACUGACAAGACCAACGCCAGCGUGCUGAACUCCACCAGCAAGACUUUUCUUGAAGGUUCCCCCGUGUUUGGGAUGACUGACGCAGCAGAGGAUAAAAUCAACCUGAGUCUUGAAGCGAACACUAAGUUCUCCGUUUGGGUUUCUUUCUGUGAAAUCUAUAACGAGAACAUUCACGACCUCCUGGAGGUGGCACCCUGGGGUGCCCUGAGAAGGACCGCGCUCCGCCUGUCGCAGGACGUCAAGGGGAACGCCUUCGUCAAAGAUCUCCGUUGGGUCCAGGUCAGCAGUGCAGAAGAGGCCUACAAAGUGGUGAAACUGGGCAAGAAGAACCAGAGCUUCUCCUCCACGCGGCUCAACCAUGUGUCCAGCAGGAGCCACAGCAUUUUCUCCGUUCGUAUUCUGAGGAUCGACGACACCGGGACUCAAAGAGUCCAGACCGUGAGCGAGUUGUGUCUGUGUGACCUAGCCGGCUCCGAACGCUGCGCCAAAACCCAGAAUAUAGGAGAACGCCUGAAAGAAGCCGGAAACAUCAACACGUCGCUGCUCAUCUUAGGAAAAUGUAUCAACGCACUACGACACAAUCAGCAGGCCAAGCUGCUUCAGCACAUUCCCUUCAGGGAGAGCAAGCUCACCCACUACCUGCAGAGCUUCUUCAGCGGGAGAGGCAGAGCCUGCAUCAUCGUCAACAUCAACCAGUGUGCCUCCAUGUACGACGAGACUCUCAACGUCCUCAAGUUCUCUGCCGUGGCCCAGAAGGUUGUAGUUCUUCCUGCCAGACCUCUCCUCCCUCCACCCGUCCCCCUGCAGACGUCCCGCUGUGACGUCUCCAUCACCCACGGCGCUGAGGGACGGGCUGCUCGCAGCAGCAGGAGGAGCUCCCUGAUUGGCUGGGAGAGCAGCCUGGAGGAUGUCCAGGAGGAUGAUGAUGACGAGGAAGAGUUGAGCCUCAUGGACGACACCAUGGAUCAGACUGGCAGCAAUGAAGAAUGUGAUGAAAAUGAUAAAGUCGUUAUCUGUAAAAAGACACACCAGAGACAGCUGGCCAGGUUGAAGCAGCUGCAGCUGCAGCUGAAGAAGGAGCGUGCUGAAGGUUUGCUCCUGGAGUCUCGGGUCAGGGAGGAAACCAGCCACGAGUUCUCCCAGCUCUUCACUCGCAUGCAGAGCGACUUCGAUGAGCGCAUAGCGAGAGAGAAAGAGCUCCUAGAGGAACGAUCUGAAAGGAGGCUGGAGAUCUUCAAGAAUCUAAUUAACAAGAUGUCGGCUGCAGGAGCCAGUCCCGAUGUGGCAGCCAUGGACAAGCUUCUGGACUCCCAGGGCCUUGAACCGGCGGAUCAGACACGCCCAAGCUCAGACCUGCCAGCUGGUUCUCAGACGAACGGGAGUGACGCUGUAGGAACGAUGGAGACGAUGGAGCUGAUCAAUCAGCAGCAGAAAGACCCACAGCUGCUGGGCAACAACCACAACGCCGUUGACGGUGAAGGGCAAAGACGGCUCCUCUCUGAACUCCAGGAGAAAUCGUCGGAGGUUUCCCGGCUGCAGGAACAACUGCAGAAGAUGGUGGCGCUGAACUCGCAGAGACACUUGGAGCUGGCUGAAGAGAGGAGUUCACAGGAGGACUCUUUGGCUGAGCUUGAGAAAGAGAGGAGACAGAGAGAAGCCGCCCUCGCUGCUCUGGAGUACCAGACUUUGGGAAAAGAAGAGGCGCUGGCUUCCCUGGAGAAGGAGAGGAAAGCUCGGGGGGAGACGGCCGCUGCGCUGGAGGAGCUGAAGCAGCACAAGCAGGAAACGAUGGCAUCGCUCCAAGACGAGAGAAGGGACAAGGAAAAAGCCGCAGCAGCUCUGGAAGCGGAGAGCAGAGGCAGAGAAGACGCUGUAGCGGCACUGGCGCAGGAGAAGCAGAGCAGAGAGGAGGUCCAGGCUGCUCUGGAGCUGCAGAGGACGGAGCUGAGCCGGCUGGUCCGGGACAGAGAGGACAGAGAGAAGGAGUUCACGUUGCUGACCGACAAACUUGAGGCUGCAGAGCUCCAGGUGUCCAGCACGGCGGGGGAUGCAGCACAAGUCCUAGUCCAGCUCCAAGCAGCCCAGACUCGACUGGAACAGCAAUCCAAGGAGAUCCAGGACAAAUCCUCUGAGACCAGAACUCUCACGCAGGAAGUCCAGAUGCUGAAACAGGAGCUGCAGACGUCUGCGCUCUCAGCGGGACAAGUCGGGGAUCAGCUGAAGGAGGAGGUGUCGGAGCUGAGGAGGAAUCUGGACGAGGAGAAGGAGAAGAACCAGAGCAUCCAAACACAGAAGCAGGAGCUGGAGCGAGAACUGAAGCAGGUGUCCAGCACGGCGGGGGAUGCAGCACAAGUCCUAGUCCAGCUCCAAGCAGCCCAGACUCGACUGGAAGAGCAAUCCAAGGAGAUCCAGGACAAAUCCUCUGAGGCCAGAACUCUCACGCAGGAAGUCCAGACGCUGAGACAGGAGCUGCAGACGUCUGCACUCUCAGCGGGACGAGUCGGGGAUCAGCUGAAGGAGGAGGUGUCGGAGCUGAGGAGGAAUCUGGACGAGGAGAAGGAGAAGAACGAGAGCAUCCAAAACCAGAAGCAGGAGCUGGAGAGAGAACUGAAGCAGGUGAGAGAACAGCUGGAGCACAAACAGCUGCUUUCUGAGCAGCAGUUCAGCGAGAAGCAGGAUGAGACGGAAGCGGCUGCGGAACGGCAAGCUGAGGAGCUGAAGGAGAAGCUGAAGGAGCAGGAAGAAACGUCACAUCAACUGCAGGAAGAGCUCAGAUCCCAGCUCAGAUGCCAACAAGAGGCUUCCAGAGAGGAAGUGGAACGCCUGAACGCUAAAGUCACGGAGCAAACGCAGCAGAUGGAGCGGCUCAACGAGAAGCUGCAAGAACAAGAGACGUUAUCAACACAACGACUGGAUGAGCUGCAACAGAAACUCAGUAAACAAGAAGAAAACUCCCAGACACUGUUGAAUGAGCUCAGAGAGAAGCUCAGCGAGCAGGAGAAGGAAGCUGAGCAGCUCAGAGCCGAGCUGGGAGAAGCUCGGCUCAACGCCAGCCCCGGUUCCUCCAUAUCUGAAGCAGAAACCCUCAGGACGGAGAACUCUGACCCCCAGGCUCAAGUCCUGGAAGCAAAGCCCCCCAGCACGGAGUCAACGACGGAGUCCUUCAGUACUCCUGCAGCUCAACCAGCGUCCGGAGAGAAGGAGCAGAUAAUAAAAGAGAAGGACGCAGAGAUGGAGCAGAAGCUGGCUGAGUUAAAGGAAAGCUCUGCCCAGACGGAGGCAGAGCUGGAGAAGAAGCUGCUGGAUCUGGAAACCCAGGUCAGGCGUCUGCAGAAGAGUCUGCGGGAGGCGGAGGAGCGGCGGGAGGAGGAGGAGAGUGCAGCGGUGCAGGAGGCCCGGAGGAGGGAGGUGGAGCGGCGCCGGGAGCUGCUGGCCGUCGCACACGAGGCCAUCGCUACCAAGGACGCAGAGCUGGAGAAGAAGGGCCAGGAGAUCAGCAGACUGAAGGAAAACGCAGAUCAGGACUCAGACAAGCUGAAGGGCCUCAGUCUGGAUCUGCAGAGGACACAAGACGACUCCUCAGACCUCAAGGAGAAACUGGCCGACUACAAGAAGCAGAUGCAGCAGGUCCAGAAGGAGAUUUCGAGCAUGAGAGAAGAGGAGAAGGUUUUGAGACAGAAGCUGAGCGACGUGGAGAAAAGCAAGAAGCAGCUUCAGUCCGACCUCAGCAGCCGAGACCGAGCCAUCCAGCAGCUCAAACUGGACCAAUCCAACCCAAAAUCUGACGACACCCCCGAACUCUCCCAGAAGGCCCGUACAGACCUGGAGGCCAGAGAGCGUGUGAUUGAGGACAUGCGUCUGGCCCUGACGGAGCAGGAGGACACGCAGGAGCAGAUGGAGACGGUGCUGGAGGAGAAACUCACCCUCAUCCAGGAACUCUCCGGCGAGGUGGACAAGUUAAAAGGUUUGAUGCUGCUGCAGCACCGUGGAAACGACAGCCCGUCAGACGACGUCAGAGCGGCCAAGGAGGAAGCUGCUCAAGCUCGAGAAAGCUUGAAGACGUUUACGGAUAAACAUCAGGCUGAACGCAGGAAGUGGCUGGAGGAAAAGAUGUCUUUGAUCGGUCAAGCUAAAGAAGCGGAGGACAAGAGGAAUCAGGAGAUGAGGAAGUUUGCCGAGGACAGAGAACGCUCCGGUCAUGAGAAGAGCCAACUGAGAUCCCAGCUUGUGGAGAAGGAGGAGGCGAUGGAGAAGUGGAGGAAAGAGAGAGACACUCUGGUGGCAGCGCUGGAGGUCCAGCUGCAGAAGCUUCUGUGCAGCCAAGCAGAGAAAGACCAACUCAUCAAGCAGCUGCAGCUGCAGCAACAAAACACUCAGCCGCCGCCACCAGAGGAUGAUGCUGAUGCUCCCAGCGUUGCAGACCUGCAGGCAGCUCUGGCCGAGAAGGAGACUGAGAUCCAACGACUGAAGGACGAGCUCCAGGACUCAACAGACAAACAUGAGCACUCGGAUACUCCGAGCGAGAACGGCGAGAGUCCUGCUACGAAACCUGAGAAUGAGUCCACGAACACAAAGUCAGAGAGGAAACAGUCACGAGUGUCAGUCGGCAGCCAGAGCUCAGCCGGCUAUCCGUCAGUCCUGGAAUCCUCGGAGAUCUCCACGGAGAACGGCAGGACGAGCCGCUUCCCUCGGCCGGAGCUGGAGAUCUCCUUCAGCCCCCUGCAGCCGAACCGCAUGGCCCUGCGGCGGCAGGGAGACAAGAGCGCCGUCACCGUCAAGAUCACGCACUCGGCACGCAAGAGGAAGAGCGGGGAGAUGGAGAAGUCUCACUUUUUCAGGAGGAGUAAACGGCGAACAACACGUGAGGAAGAAGUGGAGGCGGAGAACAGAAGGAACACGAGAACCAGACUGACGUCAAAGCUCACCCCUCACAAGGAGGAGAGCUCUUCCCCGGCUGGUUGCCGUGACUCCCAGAACAGCCCCCGCGGCAGGAAGGAGGGAACGCUGCAGAAGAUCGGAGACUUCCUGCAGAGCUCCCCGACGCUGCUCGGCAGCAAAGCCAAGAAGAUGAUGAGUCUGGUGGGCAGUCGAACUGAUGCCGAUGCUUCAACCUCCUCCUCCCUUCGUCUGAGAUCCAAGAAGAGCAAAAAGAAACUCUACAGGCCUGAAAUCUCCUGCCCCAUGGACAUGCCGCCCCACCCGAUCAUCACCCGAGAGCCGGAGGAGGAGAAGGAGAGCCACCACCAGAUCAUUAAGAGGCGCCUCCGCUCCAGAGUGGGCAAAUAAUUCACCGUUAAACACUACUCUACACGUUUCUCCCUUUGAAACUGUCUUAAUAAGCUGGGGGAACAUUUAUUCCUAAUAAUCGAGCACAUUUUUCUCUGAGACAAGUCUCUGUUAUUGUAUUUAAUCUGAAAUUCUCAGUAUUUAACUGUUUAUUUUUAGAAUUGAACAAAGUCCCUGAUAUACCAGAGAUUUUGCAGCAUAUAAAGCAGUGCCAAAACAUUUUGUUUGAUAAUUUUUAUCAUGCUGUAAAGGGGAGUCGGAUGUGGGGUGUAACUCCCCGGAGUUGACGGGCGUGUUGCUUCUUUCCUUUCCUCCGAAGAGCCUCACGGUUACUGUUUUUUUUUUUAAGUUUUUAGAUUUCCAGUGUUGAAGCUGAGCUCAUGUAAAAGCUCCUGCUGCCUCAUGCACUCCUGAAUACCACACACAUCUAACCCGAACAUCAACAAGCACCUUUCCUCAGACGUUCAUCUCGGUUCUCGCUCAGCUGUUCUGCUGCUUCCAUCUUGUCCAGAUUCACCGGACAAGAGCCGAGUGGCUCUACCAAACGCCACUCCACUGCAAAAACUCAAAAUCUUAACAAGAAUAUUUGUCUUGUUUCUAGUUA